GAUUUGAAGAACUGCACAGCGUUGCCCAAAGCAAGCCGAGCUCGACUGCUACGACGGCCGGAACUGGGAAAGAAGCCGCCGUAGCUGUUCCUUACCGCCGCUCGGUUCCGAGUUCUCCCUAAUCGCUCGCUCCGUACUUGCUCCUUUCUUCGUCGAGAUUUCUCCCUUUUUGUCUAUUUUUGCUAGGGCUUCUGCUGCACCCACUGAGAUCAAAGCUUUGCCGCCGGAGUUGAAGCCUUUUCGCGCCGGGCGAUGUCGAAGCAGGAAGACGAGGGCGCAUUUUACGUUGUGAAGAAGGGGGAUCUAAUUGGCAUCUACAGGAACCUGAGCGAUUGCCAAGCUCAAGCUGGGUCUUCUGUACAUUCUCCAUCUCUGAGUGUGUAUAAGGGCCAUGGUCUAGCAGAGGAGGCGGAGGAAUAUCUCAGGUCACAUGGUCUUAAGAAUGCUUCUUAUACUAUUAAUGCCGCCAACUUGAAAAAUGAUAUUUUCGGUGGACUUGUUCAUUGCCCAUUUCAGCAACCUGCCUUUACGAGAGGAGCAUCAUCUGACAAGGCACUGCCUACAAAGAGAUCAGUGGAAGCGCUUCAGUGGGACCAUAAGCAGGCGGUGGGACCAACUUCAGCUUUGAUCAAUUAUCAGAGCAAACAUUUGAAGUUAAAUGAUGGUAUUGCAAGUCAGCCAGCAUCUUCCAAUUGUAGUUCUUGCUCACUAGAAUUUGAUGGAGCUUCAAGAGGAAACCCUGGACCGGCUGGUGCAGGAGCUAUCCUGCGUGCUGAUGAUGGGAGUUUGGUUUGGCGGGUGCGUGAAGGUCUGGGAAUCGCAACUAAUAACGCCGCUGAAUAUCGGGCUUUAAUUUUGGGAUUGGGACAAGCUUUACAGAAAGGGUUUAAGAAAAUUCAAGUCCGUGGGGAUUCAAUGCUUGUCUGUAUGCAGGUUCAGGGAAAAUGGAAACUAAAGAACCAGAAAAUGGCCGACUUGUGUAAGGUGGCCAAAGAGCUCAAGGACAGGUUUACCACUUUUCAGAUUGACCACGUUCGUAGGGAAUUCAACUCCGAAGCCGAUGCUCAGGCAAAUCUAGCUAUUUCUCUCAUGGAUGGUCAAGUCGAAGUGGAUUGUGGCCGGAAAUAGCUCGACCAUGGAGCCAUCACCUGCUUCCUGUUUGUUGCCCUCAGAUUGUUGUGGAAAGAAUGGGACUUGCAUUGCUACAAGAAAAAAACUGCAUCAACAUGUGUUGGCGGAAAGAGUAAUGACAUGUAAAUUAUGCAAACUGCCAAUUUCCUCCGAGACAAUGGCGUCGUUGUUCUUAUGUUCAAGGCUUUGUUGUUAGGUAAUGAAAAACUCAGUUGUUGAUUUCCUGAAGUGGAUAAUCAUGUUGGACCAGUUAAAAAGUGCAUGAUGGAGGCGAUAAGUAGUGUUUCUCAUGCUUCAGUUGUUAAUAUGUUAUUCUCUUUUUUUUGUGAAA